UCUUGAAGGAGACGAAAGAGAGACGCUUUGAGAUGUAAAGCCGGUCUGGUCAUUAUUCUCUCUCUCUCUCUCUCUCUGGCCCUAGCUCUCUAGUUCUCUCGUCCUCUCUCAGCUCUCCAAUUAGCAACAAGCGAUGACGAAGCAGCACUCCAACUGGUCUCCAUACGACAACAAUGGCGGAUCCUGUGUUGCAAUCGCCGGAGCCGAUUACUGUGUCGUCGCUGCAGAUACUCGCAUGUCCAGCGGUUACAAUAUUCUCACCCGCGAUUACUCCAAAAUCUGCAAAUUAGCGGACAAAUCUGUAAUGGCAUCUUCUGGUUUUCAAGCCGAUGUGAAAGCUUUACAAAAGCUCUUGGCAGCCAGGCAUUUGAUCUAUCAGCACCAACACAACAAGCAGAUGAGCUGCCCUGCAAUGGCUCAAUUGCUCUCUAAUACCCUUUACUAUAAACGUUUCUUUCCUUACUAUUCUUUCAAUGUUCUAGGUGGCCUUGACAGCGAAGGAAAGGGUUGUGUCUUCACAUACGAUGCUGUUGGAUCCUAUGAGAAAGUUGGAUAUAGUUCCCAAGGUUCUGGUUCCACACUCAUCAUGCCCUUUCUGGAUAACCAGCUGAAGUCUCCCAGCCCUCUCUUAUUGCCUGCCCAGGAUGCUGUUACGCCACUUUCUGAAUCAGAAGCAGUGGAUUUGGUCAAAACUGUUUUUGCAUCUGCAACUGAAAGAGAUAUCUACACUGGAGACAAUCUUGAAAUUGUCAUCCUAAAUUCUGAAGGAAUUCGUCGUGAAUACAUGGAACUUAGGAAAGACUGAUUUCUGUCAAGUGUUCAGCUGGUUUCUUUUAUGUUAAUGUCAUGAUGGUUCUUUUGGCGCUCUCAUUAUUCAUCCAAGUUUUAUUAGCUUUUCAACGAUUCCCAAUUUGAACACAACGCAUUUCCGGGGUGGAAAUUGUUGCAGCCUUGUUGCCCGUUUGGGAUACCAAGUUUCGUGUAUUAGACUAUUUGGAUAAAAAUUAUAUUCAGUAAAUUAACUUUUACCCCA